AUGGUCUCAAGCCCGUUGGCAGGAUUAUUGCAGACGGUUGUCGACGCCUUCCCGGUGCUCUGCGAUAUCUUCUUCAGUGUUUUUAGAAAAGUGAACGAGACCGCAUUUGAAACGGUGCUAUCGGCGGCGCUCACACUGGCGGACCUGGCCUUCCCCGCGCAGCCCCCGCCCCGCGUCCCUGAGCCCUGGUGGGGGGAGCAUGCCAGCCAUGACACCAGGGUCAGGAGGUUCACUUUGCACUUCUCAGACGAGAUGAUAACAGACCUACGGCACCGCAUCCACAACCGCCGGAACCUGACGCAUCCCCUCCACAACGCAGGCAACACCUACGGCUCCCACGCUGGGUAUCUCUCGCACUUCCUUGACUACUGGGCUGACGGGUACGACUUCGGGGCGAGGGAGGACUGGCUGAACAGCUUCCCGCAGAGGAUUACGAAUAUUCAGGGACUAGACAUCCACUUCAUCCACGCGAGAGCUCCCAACCCUCACCGGAAGAAGGUACUGCCGCUGCUGAUGCUGCACGGCUUCCCAGUCACCGCCUUCGAGUUCGUCUACGUCAUCCAAUAUCUGAUGGAAGAAAGAGACGACUGCGACUUUGUGUUUGAGAUAAUCGUUCCACACUUGCCGGGAUAUGGGUAUUCAGAGGCGACAUACAAGAUCGGCAUGGCUCCGUACCAAAUGGGCGUCAUCAUGAAGAACCUGAUGCUGCGCCUGGGCAAGCCUCAGUUCUACAUCCACGCUGGGGACGUGGGACAGGCGGUUGGAGACGCCAUCGCUGUACUCUUCCCUGAGAGGGUACUCGGGUUGCAUACUAACUUCCCAUUCAGGUAUGGAUAA